AUGAAGUUUGUACCGAAUCGCGACCUCGACAUUGUCACCUCCGCCCUCAAUUUCACGACCCCUGAUCUUCACGUUAUUGGUGGAUGUGACUUGUACACUACCAAAGCCGCAGGAGGUGACAAGAAACUGUACAAGAACAUUGAAAAUGGCCUUGAAGAACAGUACAAGUCGAACCUGGAGUUCUCGCAUUCGCUGUCCCCACCGCAAGCGCAUAUGAUGGCAUCGAGCCUAAACCUGAGCCGCAGCAGUCCGUUUGGCAAUCUGGGAAUUACGAGCUCUCGGAGAACGUUUGCAUAUCUGAUUGCGACUCUCAAUGCAAGCCAUCCAGACUACGACUUCUCUCACAUGCUGCGACCGACGGACUUCAAGGCAGAAAAGAGCCUGCGUCAUGUUAUGAAUACAUUGGACACCACCCUCUACAACCUGCGGCCCCGGCCUCUGAAUUCAUUCCUGAAUGUGCCAGGUUUGGCUCCAGAGUCCGCCUGCCCUCCAUCAAGCCAGACCCAGUGGGGCCCAGGCAUGUGGAGACUGAUUGAUCAGCAAAUGAGCUUGCGGGACUGCAGCAUUUAUCGGUAUGCGCCUGAAGACCUUGACCCCUUCGAGGACGACGAUGAAGGAACAUUGUGGUCGAUGAAUUACUUCUUCUUCAACAAGGCGCGCAAGCGAGUGUGUUACCUCUACCUUCGUGGCAUCAGCGUUCUGACCAUGCCGACGAAUGAUGGACUCCGUACACCUUCGAAGGCCGGGAGAUUCGCGGACGACGAGUCUGAUGGCUGGAUGACCCCAGAAUGGGGCGCCCAUAAGAGGGCGAGAUACUGGCUCGGGGAUCGCGCCGGUGUUGAAGUCGAGCCUGAAGACACAGAGAUGCCAUCAAUCGAGCGGGACGAGGACGAAGUCAUGCGCGAAGAAGAAGAUUAUUUCCCGCCUCCCGCCAGACCGGUUGUGGACGAACACGACAGCUACGUUCUCAGCGACGAAGACGUCAGAAGCGCCCGUAGCAACAGCAAGAGCACAAUACGCGGAAUGAGUGAAGAGGUCGUGGGCGCCAUGGAAGUUUGA